AAUGGGAGGGGACAGGACCGGCCCCGUGAGUGGCUGCCCUGUGGCCACGCCGCCUCCUUCCCUCGGCCUCUGUGGAGACCGAGAGGCCGGGCUGGAGCCGACCAUGGCGCCCAGUGAUUUGAUGGGGGCUGCCGAGGACCUGGCCGACCAGUUCCUCCGGGUGACCAAGCGCUACCUCCCUCACCUGGCCCACCUCUGCCUGAUCAGCACCUUCCUGGAGGACGGGAUCCGCAUGUGGUUCCAGUGGGAUGAGCAGCGGGAUUACAUCAACAUCUCAUGGGGCAGCGGCCCCAUCCUGGCCACACUCUUUGUGCUCGUCAACAUGGCUGGACAGCUGGCUGGCUGUGUGCUGGUCCUGGCCAGGAAGUAUGUCCCUUAUGCCUGCUUCGGCCUCUUUGGGAUUAUCUUCAUGCAGACAAUUGCCUACAGUAUUCUCUGGGACCUCAAAUUCCUUAUGAGGAACCUUGCGCUGGGUGGUGGGCUGCUGCUGCUGCUGGCCGAGUCGCGCUCUGAGGGCAAGUCCAUGUUUGCUGGCGUCCCAACCGUGGAUGACAUCUCACCACGCCAGUACAUGCAGCUGGGUGGGCGGGUGCUGCUGGUGCUCAUGUUCAUGACUCUGCUGCACCUUGAGCUCGGCGCCUUCACUAUCUUCCAGGACAUCUUCGGCAUGGCUCUGAUCAUCCUGGUGGCCAUCGGCUUCAAGACCAAGCUGGCCGCCCUGACACUGGUCGUGUGGCUCUUGGUGAUCAACCUGGUGCAGAAUGCUUUCUGGACCGUAUCCCCUGCCCGGCCCCUCCACGAUUUCCUCAAGUAUGACUUUUUCCAGACCAUGUCAGUCAUCGGUGGGCUGCUGCUGGUGGUGGCACUGGGGCCAGGAGGCGUCUCCAUGGAUGAGCACAAGAAGAAAUGGUGAAGCCCAGAGCCAAAGUGGGGUCCAUGACGGGGUGGGGUGGGGAGAAAUCUUUCAUGACAGCUUUUUUUUUUUUAUAUAUAAAGCUUGGCCCUUGUGUAGUUCAUCCCCCCCACCCAGGUCCUGCCCCCUGGAGGUUUAUCAUUGUUCACUGUUGCCUUAUGUGGGGGGAGGAGGAUGAGAGGAAGCGUCUUCCUCCGAUCUGCUUGGAGACAUGUAAAUUAAAGUGUAUAUUGUAUUCUCCA